UGCCGAAUGCGAACGGAACGGAAUCGGAAAAAGCGGAAAAUGCGGCCCGGCUGAAGACAGUGCGAGCGAGUGAGAUAAAAAUAUUCGGCCGAGCAACAGUGAAAAGCGUUUGAAGGGCCAUAGAUACAAGAUAAUGCCCAUAGAGGAGUCCACCUUCUCUCCGCCAACCAAUAUGUGAAAAUCGGCCAGUGGAGCCGAAAGUGAAAGUGUGUGAAAGGGGCAUUUCAUUUGGAAUGCAUCCAUUCCGACGGUAAAAAAUGCGCACAUUUUAAAGUUCAGAAGUUGCCAGUGAACCAAGGCGAAAUAAGGAAAGCCAAACAAACGAAAAGAAAAUGUGAAAAAUCUUCAGAUGUUGUUCUUUAAUGCAUACGAAAUACUCAAAUAAAUUAUCAUCAGCCUAAUCAGCAUCAGCGUUAUUAUCAGCAGGCGGAGGCAGGAAAAGUCGGAGGAAAACUUUUCCUCCUGUAAGCGCAAGAGGAUCGAAGCACCCAGAUGAGCGGACUGCCAGGAGCGGGAUCUGGUGGAGUGGCUGGUGGUGCCACCCACAUCUUUCGCUCGCUGUCGUCGGAGAGCCAGAAGCGGGAGUGGUCCAAGCGCCUCUCCCUCCGGGGAAUGCGGCAUGGAGGGGCAGCCGGAGGUCCUGGAGGAUCUGGCACUUCGAGCCUGGCCAGCAGCAAGGAGGAGAGCAAACACAGAAAGUUCUUCAGCCGCUCGGCCUCGUUGCGUCAGGCGGGGAGCGGAGGAGGAGGAGGCGGCGGCGGAGUAGGAGGAAGUGGCAGCCACCAGGCGUCCAUGGAGCUGCAUGUGCCCGGCCAGGAGGGAAGGGGCGGCGGUGGAGGAGCCUCCUCCGGAGCGGGCUCGCCGCAGACCCAGACGCAGCCGUCGACGCCCAAGAAGUCCAACUGGGAGGUGAUCGAACAUUUCAAUACGAGUGCCAAGGGAGGCAAGGCCGUGGUUAGCAGUAGUUUGAUUGCGGCUGGAAUCACGCGCUGCAACAUUGACGAAUCCAUGGACUCCACCAACUCCAGCUCCACCUGCCACAGCCCCAUGAUCUACCAACGUGACGAGACGCAGCUGUUGCAGCCAGGCGAUGCCAGCAACUUGGAGGCCAACAAUCCGAUGUCGAGCGGCGGAGGAGGCGGAACUGCCAAUGGUCCUGUGAGCCCCAGCAUUUCGUUCUGGUUCCGUUUGAACCGCAUCAUCCUGCGCCUCUGCUCCACCCACCAGUUCAAGAAUCUCCAGGUGGAAAUGCUGUAUCAGCGGUAUUUUCUGCGUAUGAAUCAGAGCAACACGACGCACAUUUUGGCCCUGCUUUUGGCCCUCAUUCUGGCCCUGUCCUGCACGCAAUUGGUCUUCACCACGCUGCAGCUGCGACGCAGCACCGCGCUGCUGCUGGAAAUCAGCGAAAUCGGACUGGACGCAAAUGCGACCGUGGGCAACUUGACGACCGCCACAGUGAAGCCUCCACCCCCGUUGGCAUCAUCGGAUCAAAUGGCCCGGCUCAGCUCCAUCCCGCUCCUGGCUCUCGCUUCCAAUGGCAGCUGGGCGGGCGACGCGGCGGGAGGCGGUCAACUGAAAUCCGCCCAUAGCCGCAACUUCGACGAUUUUGAAGCGGACCAUAAUGGGCAGCUGGGGGGAGGGGGGCUGGUGUGGCGCCGCCAGAAGCGCAAACAUUAUCGACGCCUCCACAAGCACCGAUACAAACACAAGUCCCACCAACAGCACCGCACCAGAUACAGGAUGCGGGAGAAGAGGAGCCUGCAGGACAUUGGGCUGGUCAAGGGUGAAGGGAUCCGGCCCCAGCUGAUUGUUGACACUGCCCCCAAUGAUGCCGAUGUGUACACAGUUGCUCCCGAUGAUGAUGUUGAUGACGUUGAUGAGGGGCGAAGUGCUGGCAGUAAACACAUUACGUAUACGCCGCGUGUCCGCGACUACAAUCAAAUUUCACAAGCGGAACGUGAUGAAGUGUUAAACACAUCGUCAAACGCCGGAGCUGCACCCGAUAAUUCAGACCCACCCCUGGGCUACGGCCACCUCGUCUCCCUGAUCCUGAUGCAAGUGGACGAGUCCGUGCUGGUCUUCCUCAUUGUCAUGCUAAUCUGCGGGAUUGUCUACGCCUUCCUGCUGUGCAUCCUCUCCAAGCCGGCCAUGAACGAGAUCUUCCUGGUGCUCGUGUCCUACGUCAUUCUGGGCACCUUCCUGGCCAUCGAGGUGGCCGUCAGCUAUGCCAUGCAACCCAGCAAAUCCUUCAACGGCAGCGCCUGCUGCAUCGUGCUCAUCUACAUGACCUACACGAUGCUGCCCCUCCGUCUCCGGGAGGCUCUGAUCGGAGGAAUCCUCCUGAGCGUCGUCCAUCUGUACACCUGCCUGAGGCUCACCGCGAUGCAGGAUGAGGCGGUCCAAUUCGUCCACUGGGGCGAGUUCCUCUGCACUUUGGUGGCCCUCCUCCUGGCCAACCUCACCGGCGUCUACACCCACUGGCCCAAGGAGAAGGCCCAGCGAAAGGCGUUCAUCGAGACGCGGCAGUGCAUCGAGGCCAGGCUGAGGACUCAGCGCGAGAAUCAACAGCAGGAACGCUUGUUGCUGUCGGUGCUGCCGCGUCAUGUGGCCAUGGAGAUGAAGGACGACAUUGCGGGCCAGCCACGUGACACACAGUUCCAUAAGAUAUACAUCCAGCGGCACGAGAACGUCAGCAUCCUUUUUGCGGACAUCUGCGGUUUCACCAGCCUCUCGGAUCAGUGCACCGCCGAGGAACUGGUGCGUCUGCUGAACGAGCUCUUUGCCCGCUUUGAUCGAUUGGCUGCGGAGCAUCAUUGUCUGCGCAUUAAGCUGCUGGGCGAUUGCUACUACUGCGUCUCCGGACUCCCGGAACCCCGUCCGGAUCACGCCCAUUGUGCCGUGGAAAUGGGACUCGAUAUGAUUGACGCCAUCGCCCUGGUUCGCGAGGUGAUGGCCGUCAAUGUGAACAUGCGAGUGGGCAUCCAUACGGGCCGGGUGCACUGCGGCGUUUUGGGCCUGGUCAAGUGGCAGUUCGACGUUUGGUCCAAUGACGUCACGCUGGCCAACCACAUGGAGAGUGGCGGGAUUCCCGGGCGCGUGCACAUAACCAAGGAGACCCUGAAGUGUCUGGAUGGCGAUUAUGAAGUGGAGGUCGGCAACGGAAACGAGCGCAAUUCGUAUCUCAAGGAUCAUCAGAUAGAAACGUACCUAAUUGUGCCAGGAGAUAUAUAUAGGCCACACAAAAAGUCCAGAAAUCGAUUGCAGGUCAAUGGCAAUAUUUCCAAAGAACUUCGUAUGAUGGGUCAUGGCACGGCCCAAAAGCACACUUCAAAAUUUGGGUUCGGCGACAGUUCGGAGAGUGCCAAGGAUCCCGAGGAUGAGGUUAAUGAGUAUCUGAUGCGGGCCAUCGAUGCCCGGAGCAUCGAUCAUCUGAGGGCCGAACACUGCCAGUCCUUGCUGCUCUGCUUCAAGGAUAAUGUCCUGGAGAGAAAGUACGCCAGCGAACCAGAUCGCAUGUUGUGUGUUUACUUCUACUGCAGUCUGCUGGUUUUGCUCGGCACCAGCAUAAUGCGGCUGGUGGUGUUCCAGAGCUCCCUGAUGACGCUGGCCUUGUCCACUGGCGCUCUGCUGCUGCUCGGGUUCCUGGUAUUUCUGGUGGCAUGUCACAAAAUCAACUUUCAGCUGCCAUCGGACAUCAAACGCUUCUCAUUGCGCAUUCAUAGCAAUCGCAGGGUAUCGCAGUUGUUCGCCUUUGCGAGUGUCGCUCUGAUUGUCCUCACCACCCUGCUGGCCAUGUUUCAGGAAUCGGGCCGCCAAAUGGAGUUGCUCCAGAGGAGACGCUUCUGGCUGGAUGUGAACGGGAGCAUCAGUCUGAAUGAUACGGAGCUCCACACAAGGAUGUCUGCCGCCGAGGAGCCCGAUUGCGAUUUCUAUUUGGCCUACAAUACCUUCCUGCUGCUCACGCUGCUCUCGAUGAUGAGCUGUGCCACCUACCAGGUCCUGCGGAUCCUGCUCAAGCUGCUGCUGCUCCUCCUGGCCUCCGGCAGCUACAUGGCCUGCUCCUCCUACUUGUACUCGCGCAGCAGGGAAAUGAGUCAAGAGCUGGCGAACGAGGAGGCCCUGCUGCGCUUCAUAAUUGAUUCCAUCUUCCUCUUUGCAUUUAUGCUGGCCCUGAUUUUCCACAGCCACCAGACGGAGGCCACUUACCGUCUGGACUUCAUCUGGAAGCUGCAAGCCACGGAGGAAAAGGAGGAUAUGGAGCACCUGCAGGCUUAUAACCGUAAACUGCUCGAAAACAUUCUGCCCGUUCACGUUGCCGAGCAUUUUCUAAGCCGCGAAAAGCACCUCGACGACCUGUACCACGAGCAGUGCGACUCGGUGUGCAUUCUGUUCGCCAGCAUACCCAACUUCUCCGAGUUCUACGUGGAACUGGAGGGCAACAACGAGGGCGUGGAGUGCCUGCGGCUGCUCAACGAGAUUAUCGCCGACUUCGACGAGCUGCUCAGCGAGGAGCGCUUCCGCUGCAUCGAGAAAAUCAAGAGCACGGGCGCCACUUACAUGGCGGCAUCCGGACUCACGGCGAACACCUGCGACCGGGUGAACUUCAGCCACGUGACCGCCAUGGCCGACUACGCCCUCCAGCUGUUCGACAAGAUCGAGGAGGUCAACAUGCACUCCUUCAACAACUUUCGCAUGCGAAUAGGCAUAAAUAUUGGACCUGUGGUGGCUGGCGUUAUUGGAGCCUGCAAGCCCCAAUAUGAUAUUUGGGGCAACGCUGUCAACGUGGCCUCGCGAAUGGACUCCACAGGCUUGGUGGAUCACAUCCAGGUGACACAGGAGAUGCAGCAGAUACUCGAGGGGCGUGGCUUCGAGCUCACCUGUCGUGGCAGCGUGGACGUGAAGGGCAAGGGCUCCAUGAUCACCUACUUCCUGAAGGGCAGGAGGCCCAUCGAAGCCAAGGAGUUGGAGUUGGCCAAGACCGAGGUGGAGCCACCAAAGACAUUGACCUUGGCCAAGGAGCCGGAGAAGAUGGCCACUGGAAUAGCAACAGAGAAACAGCAGGAACCGGUCAAGAAGCAGGGUUCCACGGAACAGGAGGACGACUUGCUGCCCUCGCCCGACAUCGACCUGAACUCCAAUAUGCAGAACUUGACGGCGCAGCGGAGGAAGUCGCUCUGCCGGCAGCAUAACAUAUCCUCCUCCUUCGGCACCACGGUGAGUAGCUCCACGGGCAUAACGCCCAGCAUUUCGAACAGCUCCAGUGUGGUCACCAUUGGGGCUCUGCCCGCCAUCCUGCGUGGCGGUAAUCCACUCUCGAAUGCGAAUCCCACCGCCACCGACAGCUGUUCGGAGUGUGGAGGCGCCAGUAAGUCCUUGGCCACACCAACUGCUCCGCCGAGGACACUGGUGGCGGAUCUAAAGGAUGAGAUAGCCCGGGAUGAGAAGAUUGGAUUGAAGGACUCCAUUGAGAACCUGGAGAUCCUGCUGAAGAACAACAUCAGUCUCUCCGAUCUGAGCAACAAACAGCAGCAGAAUCUCCGGGGUGAAACCAGCAGUUCCACCACCACCACUUUGAGGAAACGAGACACAAUUGUGAGUUUCAACGUGACGGAGACGGUGACCACCACAGCCACUCCCUUCACAUCCUCCUCGGGAUCAUCGAACUCCUCCUCGCAGCAGAAGAAGCGCCGCUCGGUGACCACCAUUGCGGCCAGUUUCACCACCUCGACCACAAUGCGACUGCUGUCCAACGAGAGCCAGAGCUCCACGCAGACGGCACCCGGAACUCUGGAGAGCGGUGGCUCCGUGCCCGGCCAAUCCUCGACGGAGAACUCCUCCCAGGACUGGCAGCCCCGCACAGCCUCACUGGAACCCAACCGCAGUCCCAUCAAGACCUCGCAGUCGAUGAGCCCCAUCGGCCAGCUGACCACCGAGGUGUUUGUCCUGCCCAACAGCCGGAGCAUGGUGCUCAUCAGCAGCACGGACGGAUCGGUUUCCGCACUGGGCACAGGUGGCGGCGGAGCGAGUAGUCCGCGCACCGGACUCCUGCAGGAUGUCAGCACGUAAGGAGUGCGCAUGCAAUGCAGCCGUGUAAAUAUGUAAAAAAGUCGAAGGCACUUCGCAGAGCCUUAGAGGUAGGACUAUCGGUAAGGAUAAAGGUAAUGGGCAAGGUAAAGUUAAUGGUUGGGACAAGGGUGUAGUCUUUAGAUGGAUUUGGUUCGCCAGUACUCAGUGGAGUCGAACUUCUUUAGCAGGAUGCUUUUCCAUGGAAUCAAAACUACAGAGAUAUCAGAACGAUAAUAAGAAACUCAUAUAACUGCUGUCUACUGAUUAUUUAAUUUAAUUGAAUUAAAUGUCACAUAAUUCAAAAAUCAUUUAAAUGCAUAAAAAUUUACCGUAUAGAUACAAAUAUAUAAGCAUUUUUUUAAGAAUCGAAGAAGAUAAUAGUUAAGUAACAAAAAUAUCUACGAAAUGUUCAUUCCUAAAUGUAACAUCAGCACAUAUGGUAAAGUUCUAUUCUAACUUGAACUAUAUGUAACAAAAGCACGCCCAAAGAACUUCUUGAAAAGUAAAUCAACCAUAUCAGUUCUGUGGUCCUCGCUAGAGAAGUUCGACUGUACUUACAGCUUCCCCCAUCCCCUGUACGAUCUCGCAUUUAUUGUAGCUUUACAUGUUCCUCAGUUAGCGUUUCAGGGCACCAACAAAAGUGAAUUCCAUAUCACACAUAGAACUAAUGUACGAAAGCAAAGUGUUGCACUUCAACUGGGUACCAAAGAGCAUUGUUAGAACUGCUAGGCAUUCGAUAGGUUGUAAGUUGGGAGCAGAGUCCUUGCAAAGGAGUGUCCUUGCAAAGGAGUGUAGGUGUGUAAGGUUCCUAUGCGUGUUUGCAGUAGGGUGUAAAUUCCAGCGGCAUACGUGUGCAAAAGAAAUCGAAUUUAAUGUUCAUUGUCAAUCGAAUAAUUAGUUAUUACUUGACGUUGGGGAACACAAUUGUAAACGCUAAAUUGCAUAAGUAUUCUUAAAUUAACGAAUAUAAGUAUAUAAUUGACAAGUUAAUAAAUUAAAAGUUAUGGUUAAUGGUGGGUAUUUCAAUGUAUUUUCAUUAGUGAACCCUUAUAACAUGCAGUUCUUAUUUUACGCAUGCUAUGAUAAGGAAAUAUUUUUAAUGUUAUAUGACUCGAUUGCAUUCCCCAGCAAAAUAUUUUUACACCGAGCUAAGAGACAGCAUCCAAUAUACAUGUUUAUCAUAUCGAAACAAAGUAUCACAUCGGUUUUUGAGGCUGUUCAUAGCUGGUUUUUUCCUAAUAACUAAAACCAAAAAUCUGUCAAUUGAAGAGCAGCAUGAAAAGUUUUUGAAUUGUUGCACAAACGAUAUUUACUAGAGAAUAAGUUGAGAUGGGAAGAGUAUCUAAUACGUUAUAUGUUAAAAUAGUAUUGUUUGAAUGUAAUGUUAAAUGUGUUUCGAUGUCUGUAUGUCUCAAUGUUGCUGAAAGCAUCAACACUAAGUAUAAAUAAUGCAACUUAAACAAUGCGUAAACAAAACGAAAGAAACCAAAGAAAACCAAACAAAAUUCUCGCUGUGAUUUCUAUGAAGAAUAUGAAAAGAUGCAUAAAUUAUUUUAUAACCUUUUGUUACUUAGUUUUAACUUGCAAAUU